AUGGCCGCUCCCGUCUACAGCACGCUGUUCAAGCGUAAUUCCGUCUUCGUCGCUGCCAUCUUUGCCGGCGCCUUCUCAUUCUCCAUCGGAUUCGACGUCCUCACAUCAGCAUACUGGGACAUGCACAACCGCGGCAAACAAUGGAAGGACAUCCGUGGGCGGUAUAUCGACAAGGAAUAG